GGUUCAGUGAGGGACACAGGAAACACCCAUUGCAUUUGUGGAAGGGGGAUAUUAUCGAGUUUCCUCAUCAAAAUACCCUAUCAUUAUUGUCGUAUUGAAUUCAAAUUCUAAUCAUACUACAGUUUAUUUGAUAAAAACAAGGCAACCAAUAUGCUGAUUAAAGUCAAGACACUCACAGGCAAAGAGAUAGAGAUUGACAUAGAGCCCACGGAUAAGGUGGAGCGGAUUAAAGAAAGGGUUGAGGAGAAAGAAGGUAUCCCUCCGCAGCAGCAGAGGUUGAUCUACAGUGGAAAACAAAUGAACGAUGAGAAAACAGCGGCAGACUAUAAAAUCCAGGGGGGCUCUGUUCUCCACCUGGUACUUGCUCUGCGAGGAGGACAGGCGCGCCACUCUCUCAGAAGCCUAUGCUCCACACCAUCACUGUAGCCAUCACUCGGAAAAACGCCUUAGCCUUUGCGAUGCCUACACUGAGCGAAUACACCGAAGAGACUGUCACCUGGCGGCAUUGUGGGCAACACAGAGCCGUUGGUUGAAGGAGUUAGAUCUUAGACGAGGUUCUACUUGUGGCAGCCACUCCCCUGCAGCCAAAAAUGUGUUGGCUGCAAACAGUUCUCCAUAUUUUAAAGCUGCCCUGGAAGAAAAGGCAAAGUUACUUUCAGAAUUAUACAAAGCUUUGGCUAAAAAUUUUAAACCCAGGGCUAAUUUGGCUGCUGCAUUACAGAAAACUACUGCACGGUCAGUGCUCAAGCCAGUGUAACACAAACUAAUGUUUACUUUAACUGCCUCAUUCAUACUUAACCUGUUUUUGAGAAAUUUCCCCAACUCACUGAGUGUAAUUCUGAGGCUACAGGAUGUAUCAACCUAUCAAAACAAAUUUUCCCACAUGGAGUACUCAUGUAGCUCAUUUAGAUUUGUGAAAGAUGUACAAAGGCGUGUUUAGAAGAAUAGAUUGACAUUUUGUGGAAUACACAUAGUCGCUUUGUGGCAGAAAUUUAAACGAGAAUAUUGCUACCACUUUCAAAUUUGUCUGUUAAAUAUAAGAAUAAAGACUAGAAGGAGGGGAAAACAGCUAUCUUAGCUCCUACCAGCACCUUUAAACCUCUCUUAUUAACUGAUAUUAACUAAUGUCUCAUUUGUUUAUCCAAAAACCAGAGUUGAAAAUGACACUUGGCUACUUUACGGAGGUUCAUGCAGUUUUUACACUUAAGUUUUUGUAUGGAUUUAACAAGAUGUAACAUGUUAAUCAGUUAAGCUUAGAGGUGCUGGUUGGCAGACUUUAUUUAAGUACCUUUUGUUUUUUUAACAGUUUUCUGUAUUUGUUUUGGCCUUUUGUCCACACGCAAAUGCAGUUUUUGGUUCCAGAAAGCAGAACUUUUCAAAAACUCUUUCCAGGGUGAAGAUGUUCAGAAACUUCCAGAGAAUCCCAUUUUCAGAAACACUCAUGAGGACAAGGCUUUUGCUACUGUUAGACAGAGCCAGGGUCGCUAUUUCCCCCAUUUGCAGUCUUUGUACUAAGCUAAGCUAACCGGUGCUGCCUCUAACCUUAUAUUUAAUGGGCAGAGAGCGGAAAAAUUGUGGCGUCAAUCUUCUCACCUUACUCUUCUCCAAGUGUAUUUCCCAAAAUGUCGAGGCAAAUGAGAAGUAAAGGAUGUGUUCUGUGUCAGGUAAAUGUCCUGCCACUAAUCCUACAACUACCACAGAGUUUGCUUCACACAUGCUUCAUAAGUAGACCGAGCAUGUGCAUUCAUUAAGAUAAUGUUUCAUAUCGUUUUAUUACUGUGAGAAGCCGGGGAACGUGCCAGCUGGGGCCUUGUCUUUGGUUUACAUGUUAUUUUUCAGUUUGUUUGUCCAUUGAGAGAAGCAGCGUCAACGCUCGUAUGCUCCCCUCCUCAGUGUGGACAGGAUUCACCUCUGCUGAGGAUGCGUUUGUCACUUGAUUAAACUUAUGUUGAUGCCUCA